AAAUAAAAACCUAAAAAAGCAAAAAAAAAAAAAAAGUGAAAAAUCAAAUUCAAAGUGACAAAGGAAAUGGCGAACAAGCUGAUCAGUGAGAUCCCGCUUCCCAAAUCCAUCGCCAAUGUCUUCGCCGCCCGUAAUAUUUCCACAGCCAAGGACGCGUUAUCUUUAACGGAAUUUGAGCUAAUGGAGUUGUUAGAUGUGGGAUUAACGGAAGUAAGAUCUGCAUUAUCGCAAAUCAGUGAGAUCGUUGCUCCACCGUACAAAACUGCACUUUCCUUAAUGGAGCAACGGCUUCAAAACGAGCACUUGGGGGGCCAUUUUCCUACAGGCUUGAAAGGAUUGGAUGCAGCUUUACGUGGGGGAAUUCCAUUUGGGGUUUUGACUGAAUUAGUUGGUCCAGCUGGAAUUGGCAAGACCCAAUUUUGCUUGAAGCUUUCGUUAUUGGCUUCACUGCCUACAAAUUACGGAGGCUUGGAUGGUCGAGUGAUAUAUUUUGAUGUUGAAUCUAAAUUCAGUUCAAGAAGGUUGUUAGAAAUUGGAUUGAGAAGUUUUCCUGAAAUAUUUCAGAUGAAGGAAAUGGCUCAGGAGAUGGCUGGUAGGAUUGUAGUUUUGCAGCCAACAUCACUGUCUGAAUUUACGCAGAGUUUGGAACAAAUAAAAGUUUCACUUCUCCAAAACCAAGUGAAGAUGCUAGUGAUUGAUAGCAUGGCUGCUCUUGUUUCAGAGGAACAUGAGCAGGGUGUUCGUAGACAACAAGCAUUGAGCUGGCAUAUUUCGUUCAUUAAGUCACUGGCUGAAUUUUCACGAAUUCCUGUUGUAGUGACAAACCAAGUGAGAUCUCAAAACCACGAUCAAGCCUCCCAAUAUUCUUUCCAAGUGCAGGGUAGGGAUGGAACUAUAGAGACUCCCACACGAUAUGAUUCCCAUCUUGUUGCUGCUUUGGGGAUUCAUUGGGCUCAUGCUGUAACCACUCGUUUAGUGCUGGAAGCUAAAUCAGGUCAGAGAUUUAUAAAAGUGGCUAAAUCUCCAAUAUCUCCCCCUCUGGCAUUUCCUUUCCAUAUAACUUCGUCAGGGAUUUCAUUGCUAAGUGAUGAAGGAAUAGAACUGAUGGGGCCUGAGAUAAACUCAAUUCACUGUCAAGGGCACAAUGAAAUAAUUAAUUUUGGAAUGGAAAGCUUGCAUUGAUCUAUCCAGACGGAAGCUUCAUGACUUAUUUUGCAGGCUAGCUUUCAAGAGCUUUAUUCUAUGAAAUUUUACGGUUCGUUUUGAACAACCUUUCCACAUACCACAUUUACAUUAACAAAAUUAUAAAUCAGCACAAUUCAUUGUUAAUCUUCCUGACAAAUGUUUCUUUGUAGGUUUAGUGAUCAUAUAGAACACCAAGUUUCUUUCCGCCUCGACAAUCUUAGGAUUGCUUUUCUUGAAUACUUGUAAAUCUUGUUCAAGAGCAGGUUUUUUUUUUCAACUUUGUUAAAUGCUUAUAGAUAUCACAUCUCUCAUGUACAGAGAAGAUCAGUGUCUUGCAAAUCCAUGUCAAUUUGCAAUAUAUGGAUUGCAAUAUAUAUCUGUUUCAAGUUUCCAACCCUAUAGAACCUUAUGUCAGUAAAUCUUUGGCUAGUUUAAUUAACAUUGUUCUACAAACACUUGGAGACUGAAUCUUGCCUCCCGUUGAAAGUCAUGCACAAUGUUAUUAUUCGUAGCCAAAGUUGUUUAUUUCUAAUUUUCUAUGCUCUCUAUAAUGCCAUUUCAGCCUUUUUCAAUAUGGGUCACUUUCCUCUUAGGCCGACUAUUGACCCAAUUUACUUCCGUUGAAGGCUGGGUCAAGAAAAAGGAUUUAGAGAAAGUAGAUCUGAUUAUUC